GGCCGUCCCGUCCCUCAGGCCUCGCAGCACAGGGUACGGAACGUUUGUAAACCGGAACAGGGGCCGUGGGAGCCGGAGCUCGGCCGGCGGGGAGUCCCAGCGCACUGCUGGCACCGUGAGGGACCCAUGUUGGCGGCGGCGGCCCGGAGCGGCCGCGGGCUGUGCGGGGCAUGGGCCGCGCCCGGCGGAGCCCGCCUCAGUUCUUGGCUGCCCCAGGUGGGUCCCUUCCGAGAAAGCCACUGGCAGACUUCCCUGCUGGGGCUGAGGGCAUCACUCCCUGUGAGAGCACAACCAAAGAAGAAGAAGAAAGUGGAUGUGAGGCGAGAGCAAGCACAGAAGGAUCGUAUGAAAAAGAAGAUUAAAAAGUUGGAAAAGGCUGCCCCAGAACUGGUCCCAAUUGAGGAUUUUGUGCCGCCACUCAAGUACUCCGAGAGCAACAGGGUGCGAAGUCUUCCCCCUCUGUCAUUUGAGGAGACUGAAAGAAGAGUUUUACUUCUGAAAAAGUGGUCUUUGUUUAAGCAGAAACAAGAUUUGGCAGAAAAACAAGCAAUUCAGACCCUUGUGAAAGCUCAACAAGAGGCACUGAAGGAGCUGCGCCUUGAAUCCGAGGAGCUGUACCAGGCAGCAAUCAAGAGAGAUGAGGGGCUUUUCCCCUUUGAGAGAGAAGGACCUAACUAUACCCCACCCCUUCCUGGCUACGAUCCUCCUGAAGGAAAAUGCGUUGAUAUCACCAAGGUCUAUACCCAGUGAGGGAGGUGUGGUUCCUUGGCAUGAGCUACUCAGCCGACUGAAGGAGGAAAGAAAGGAGUAAGAAUAAACAAUUUCUUUUGCAGGUUAAAAUUCUCUAGGUGUGGGACUGGGAAAAAAAACCACAUUAAUGAAGUAUCUGUUUGAGGUUAUCUAGGUAACAAGGCACCCAACAAAACUACACUACCUUACACUUGUGCCAUGUUAGAACAAGACAAAGAAUUGGCAUUUCACACAGUAUUGUAUCUUUUUGGGGUUUAUGUCUCAUUCAUCCAUCCAUCCAUUCACUCCCAAGCAGCAGUUUUUUGUUCUGCAUGAGCCAUAACUUGGAAGAUUCCUAUGCUCUGAGGAGAGAUUGUCACAGUCGUCACAUCAGAGUCUGCACUAUAAGGGAGGCAGCAGUUGACUCUUUGUUUUCUGACUCCACUGAAGUACUUUUGCAGAGGGUAAAGGGAUGGAAAACAUUCUGUGACAAAGCCAAAAUAAAGUUUGUGCAUAUUUUUGCUUCA